AUGAGCUCUGACUCUGAGAUGGCCAUUUUUGGGGAAGCUGCUCCCUACCUCCGGAAGUCUGAAAAGGAGCGCAUCGAGGCUCAGAACAAGCCUUUUGAUGCCAAGAAUUCUGUCUUUGUGGUGGAUGCCAAGGAGUCCUAUGUGAAAAGUGUAAUUCAGAGCAGAGAAGGAGGGAAAGUGACAGUGAAAACUGAAGGUGGUGCUACUGUCACAGUUAAGGAAGACCAAGUCUUCUCCAUGAACCCUCCGAAAUAUGACAAGAUCGAGGACAUGGCCAUGAUGACUCACCUGCAUGAGCCUGCUGUGCUGUACAACCUCAAAGAGCGCUACGCAGCCUGGAUGAUCUACACCUACUCAGGCCUCUUCUGUGUCACUGUCAACCCCUACAAGUGGCUGCCAGUGUAUAACCCUGAGGUGGUGACGGCCUACCGAGGCAAAAAGCGCCAGGAGGCCCCUCCCCACAUCUUCUCCAUCUCUGACAACGCCUAUCAGUUCAUGCUGACUGAUCGUGAGAACCAGUCAAUCCUGAUUACCGGAGAAUCUGGUGCAGGGAAGACUGUGAACACGAAGCGUGUCAUCCAGUACUUUGCAACAAUUGCAGUUACUGGAGAGAAGAAAAAGGAAGAACCUACUUCUGGAAAAAUGCAGGGGACACUUGAAGACCAAAUCAUCAGUGCCAACCCCCUACUGGAAGCCUUUGGCAAUGCCAAGACUGUGAGGAAUGACAACUCCUCACGCUUUGGUAAAUUCAUCAGAAUCCAUUUUGGUGCCACAGGCAAACUGGCGUCUGCAGAUAUUGAAACAUAUCUGCUGGAGAAGUCUCGAGUUACUUUCCAGCUAAAGGCUGAAAGAAGCUACCAUAUAUUUUAUCAAAUCAUGUCCAAUAAGAAACCAGAGCUUAUUGAAAUGCUUCUGAUCACCACCAAUCCAUAUGACUUUGCAUUUGUCAGUCAAGGUGAAAUUACAGUGCCCAGCAUUGAUGACCAGGAAGAGUUAAUGGCCACAGAUAGUGCUAUAGACAUCUUGGGUUUCACUGCUGAUGAAAAGGUGGCCAUUUACAAGCUCACAGGGGCGGUAAUGCAUUAUGGGAACAUGAAAUUCAAGCAAAAGCAAAGGGAAGAGCAAGCUGAGCCAGAUGGCACUGAAGUUGCUGACAAAGCUGCCUAUCUGACCAGUCUGAACUCUGCUGACCUGCUCAAAGCCCUCUGCUUCCCCAGGGUAAAGGUUGGCAAUGAGUUCGUCACCAAAGGGCAGACCGUGCAGCAGGUGUACAAUGCAGUGGGUGCUCUGGCCAAGGCCAUCUAUGAGAAGAUGUUCCUGUGGAUGGUCACCCGCAUCAACCAGCAGCUGGACACCAAGCAGCCCCGACAGUACUUCAUUGGGGUCUUGGACAUUGCUGGCUUCGAGAUCUUUGAUUUCAACCACCACAUGUUCGUGCUGGAGCAGGAGGAGUACAAGAAGGAAGGCAUCGAGUGGGAGUUCAUUGACUUCGGGAUGGACCUGGCUGCCUGCAUUGAGCUCAUUGAGAAGCCUAUGGGCAUCUUUUCCAUCCUGGAAGAGGAGUGCAUGUUCCCCAAGGCCACAGACACCUCUUUCAAGAACAAACUGUAUGAACAGCAUCUUGGAAAGUCCAACAACUUCCAGAAGCCCAAGCCUGCCAAAGGCAAGCCUGAGGCCCACUUCUCCCUGGUUCACUAUGCUGGCACCGUGGACUACAACAUUGUUGGCUGGCUCGACAAGAACAAGGACCCCCUGAACGAGACUGUGGUUGGGCUGUACCAGAAGUCUGCAAUGAAGACUCUGGCUUUCCUCUUUGCUGGGGGACCAAGUGCUGAUGCAGAGGGUGGUGGUGGAAAGAAAGGUGGCAAGAAGAAGGGUUCUUCUUUCCAGACGGUGUCUGCUCUUUUCAGGGAGAAUUUAAAUAAGUUGAUGACCAAUUUGAGGAGCACUCACCCCCACUUUGUACGCUGUAUCAUUCCCAACGAGACUAAAACUCCUGGUGCCAUGGAGCAUGAACUCGUGCUGCACCAGCUGAGGUGUAAUGGUGUGCUUGAAGGCAUCCGCAUCUGUAGGAAGGGAUUCCCCAGCAGAAUUCUUUAUGCAGACUUCAAACAGAGAUACAAGGUUCUAAAUGCAAGUGCUAUCCCAGAGGGUCAGUUCAUUGACAGCAAGAAGGCUUCUGAGAAACUUCUAGGGUCCAUUGACAUUGACCACACUCAGUACAAAUUUGGUCAUACCAAGGUUUUCUUUAAAGCUGGCUUGCUGGGAACACUAGAGGAAAUGCGAGAUGACAAACUGGCUCAACUCAUCACACGCACUCAAGCCAGGUGCAGAGGGUUCCUGAUGAGGGUGGAAUUCAGAAAGAUGAUGGAGAGGAGAGAGUCUAUCUUCUGCAUCCAGUACAAUGUCCGUGCCUUCAUGAAUGUGAAGCACUGGCCCUGGAUGAAGCUGUAUUUCAAGAUCAAGCCUCUCCUCAAGAGUGCAGAGACUGAGAAGGAGAUGGCCAACAUGAAGGAAGACUUUGAGAAGACCAAAGAAGAGCUGGCUAAGUCAGAGGCGAAAAGGAAGGAACUGGAAGAAAAAAUGGUAUCUCUGAUGCAAGAGAAAAAUGACUUGCAACUCCAAGUUCAAUCUGAAUCAGAUGCCUUGGCUGAUGCAGAGGAAAGGUGUGAACAACUAAUUAAAAACAAAAUCCAGCUCGAGGCCAAAGUCAAAGAGGUGACUGAGAGAGCUGAGGAUGAGGAAGAGAUCAAUGCUGAGCUGACGGCCAAGAAGAGGAAACUGGAGGAUGAAUGUUCAGAGCUCAAGAAAGACAUUGAUGACCUUGAGCUGACACUGGCCAAGGUUGAAAAGGAAAAACAUGCCACAGAGAACAAGGUGAAAAACCUCACAGAGGAGAUGGCAAACCUGGAUGAAAACAUCGCAAAGCUGACCAAGGAGAAGAAAGCCCUUCAAGAGGCCCACCAACAGACCCUGGAUGACCUACAGGCAGAGGAAGACAAAGUAAACACCCUAACCAAAGCUAAAACCAAGCUGGAGCAGCAAGUGGAUGACCUUGAAGGGUCUCUGGAACAAGAAAAGAAACUUCGCAUGGACUUAGAAAGAGCCAAGAGAAAACUGGAGGGUGACCUAAAAUUGGCCCAAGAAUCCACAAUGGAUAUCGAAAAUGACAAACAGCAACUUGAUGAGAAACUCAAAAAGAAAGAGUUUGAAAUGAGCAAUCUGCAAAGCAAGAUUGAAGAUGAACAGGCCCUUGCUAUGCAGCUGCAGAAGAAAAUCAAGGAGUUACAAGCCCGCAUUGAGGAACUGGAGGAGGAAAUCGAGGCAGAACGGGCCUCCCGGGCCAAAGCCGAGAAGCAGCGCUCUGACCUCUCCCGGGAACUGGAGGAGAUCAGUGAGCGACUGGAAGAAGCUGGAGGGGCAACUUCAGCCCAGAUUGAGAUGAACAAGAAGAGAGAGGCUGAGUUCCAGAAAAUGCGCAGGGACCUGGAGGAGGCCACCCUGCAGCAUGAGGCCACUGCAGCUGCUCUUCGGAAGAAGAACGCGGACAGCAUGGCUGAGCUCGGGGAACAGAUUGACAACCUGCAGAGGGUCAAACAGAAGCUGGAGAAGGAGAAGAGCGAACUGAAGAUGGAGAUUGAUGACCUUGCUAGUAACAUGGAGACUGUCUCCAAAGCCAAGGGAAACCUCGAGAAAAUGUGCCGCAGCCUAGAGGACCAGCUUAGUGAAGUGAAAACAAAGGAAGAAGAGCAACAACGUUUAAUAAAUGAGUUGUCUAUCCAGAAGGCACGUUUACACACCGAAUCAGGAGAAUUUUCACGACAGCUAGAUGAGAAAGAUGCUCUGGUUUCUCAACUCUCCCGAGGUAAACAAGCAUUUACACAACAGAUCGAGGAAUUAAAGAGGCAACUAGAAGAGGAUUCUAAGGCCAAGAAUGCCCUGGCACAUGCCCUACAGUCAGCUCGUCAUGACUGUGACCUGCUACGGGAACAAUAUGAAGAGGAGCAGGAAGCCAAGGCUGAGCUUCAGAGGGCAAUGUCUAAGGCCAACAGUGAGGUUGCCCAGUGGAGGACCAAAUAUGAGACGGAUGCCAUUCAUCGCACAGAGGAGCUGGAGGAGGCCAAGAAGAAGCUGGCCCAGCGUCUGCAGGAUGCUGAGGAGCAUGUGGAAGCUGUGAAUGCCAAAUGUGCUUCCCUUGAAAAGACAAAGCAGCGGCUCCAGAAUGAAGUGGAAGACCUCAUGAUUGAUGUAGAAAGAUCGAAUGCUGCCUGCGCGGCUCUUGAUAAGAAACAAAGGAACUUUGACAAGAUCCUGGCAGAAUGGAAACAGAAGUAUGAGGAAACUCAGGCUGAACUUGAGGCCUCCCAGAAGGAGAGUCGUUCUCUCAGCACUGAGCUGUUCAAGGUGAAGAAUGCUUAUGAGGAAUCCCUUGACCACCUUGAAACUCUGAAGCGAGAGAAUAAGAACAUACAGCAGGAGAUUUCUGACCUGACUGAGCAAAUUGCAGAAGGAGGAAAGCAUAUUCAUGAAUUGGAGAAAGUAAAGAAACAGAUUGAUCAAGAGAAGAGUGAGCUACAGGCGGCCCUAGAGGAAGCAGAGGCAUCUCUUGAACAUGAGGAAGGCAAAAUUCUUCGUGUCCAGCUUGAGUUAAAUCAAGUGAAAUCUGAGAUCGACCGCAAAAUUGCUGAGAAAGAUGAAGAAAUUGAUCAGCUGAAGAGGAACCAUCUCAGAGUUGUGGAGUCAAUGCAGAGCACACUGGAUGCUGAGAUCAGGAGCAGGAAUGAUGCCCUAAGGAUCAAGAAGAAGAUGGAAGGAGACCUCAAUGAAAUGGAAAUCCAGUUGAACCAUGCCAACCGCCAGGCUGCUGAGGCAAUAAGGAAUCUUAGAAACACACAAGGAAUACUGAAGGACACUCAGUUACACUUGGAUGAUGCCAUCAGAGGCCAAGAUGACCUUAAAGAGCAACUAGCUAUGGUUGAGCGCAGAGCUAACCUACUGCAGGCCGAGGUUGAGGAGCUAAGAGAAUCCCUGGAACAGACUGAGAGGAGCAGGAAGGUGGCAGAACAAGAGCUUUUGGAUGCCAGUGAGCGUGUGCAACUCCUGCACACCCAGAACACCAGUCUAAUCAACACCAAAAAGAAGCUGGAAACAGACAUUUCCCAAAUACAGGGAGAGAUGGAAGACAUUAUCCAGGAAGCACGCAAUGCAGAAGAGAAGGCCAAGAAGGCCAUCACCGAUGCAGCCAUGAUGGCUGAGGAGCUAAAGAAGGAGCAGGACACCAGCGCCCACCUGGAGCGGAUGAAAAAGAACCUGGAACAGUCAGUGAAGGAUCUGCAGCACCGUCUGGAUGAGGCUGAGCAGCUGGCCCUGAAGGGGGGCAAGAAGCAGAUCCAGAAACUGGAGGCCAGGGUAAGGGAGCUUGAAAAUGAGGUUGAAAAUGAACAGAAGCGCAAUGUUGAAGCUGUCAAAGGUCUUCGCAAACACGAGAGAAGAGUGAAGGAACUCACUUAUCAGACUGAGGAGGACCGCAAGAAUGUUCUCCGGUUGCAGGACUUAGUGGACAAAUUACAAAGCAAGGUUAAAGCAUACAAGAGACAAGCUGAAGAGGCUGAGGAACAAUCUAAUGUCAACCUUGCCAAGUUCCGCAAGAUCCAACACGAACUCGAGGAGGCUGAGGAACGGGCUGACAUUGCCGAGUCCCAGGUCAACAAGCUGCGAGUGAAGAGUCGGGAAGUUCACACAAAAGUCAUAAGUGAAGAGUAA